CAUCUGAGCAUGCGUGUCCUUAGCUCCUUCACUAGUCGUGGCUGGAAGAGCAAAUUGAACGGUAACGAUGAAGAUGCUGCAUGUGUUUUUGGUCCUGGCUCUGCUUGGUCUGGGCUCAGGAGAGGAGGGAGCCCGUUUGCUGGCCUCUAAAACCCUGCUGAACCGCUAUGCUGUGGAGGGCCGUGACCUCACCCUGCAGUACAACAUCUACAAUGUGGGCUCAAGUGCUGCUCUGGAGGUGGAGCUGUCGGAUGAUUCUUUUCCUCCUGAAGAUUUUGGAAUCGUUUCAGGAAUGCUGAAUGUUAAAUGGGACAGGAUUGCACCAGCCAGCAAUGUCUCUCACACAGUGGUGUUGCGCCCCCUGAAGGCUGGUUAUUUCAACUUCACCUCUGCUUCUGUCAGCUACCUGGCCCAAGAGGGAGGACAAGUUGUGGUUGGCUACACCAGCGCCCCAGGCCAGGGAGGCAUCCUGGCUCAGAGGGAGUUUGAUCGGCGCUUCUCUCCACACUAUCUUGACUGGGCUGCAUUCGGUGUGAUGACUCUGCCCUCCAUAGGCAUCCCUCUGCUCCUCUGGUACUCCAGCAAGAGGAAGUACGACUCACCAAAGUCCAAGAAGAACUGAGAAGGCACAGCCAGCGGUGGGCUGUGGAUGGAAAUCAAAGGGUUUAGUUGGCACGGGAUCUCUGGAUAGCUUAAUAACCCAUAUUGGGGAUGUAAGUUGAACAAGAAGAACGUGGACCAAGGAAAGUGAUUGCAAUUUGAUCAAACAAGCAGUAUGAUUAAGAGAACUUUGUAUCAAGAAUAAGAAUAAGUAACACGAGCAGCUUUAGUGGGGUCAUCAAACCAUGAACGUGUACAUCUACAGCCUGAGCUUCACCAGCUGCUGGUCAUUCCUUCAUAUUUGCAAAUGGGUUCAUGUGAAACAUUACAUUACAAUUACAGUGGCUGUUACUAUUGUAACAGGUUUUUGUAUUUUUGUAAUUGUGUGAGUAAUGAACUGAAUUCAGAUUUUAAGUUUACAGCCAGUUGUUGAACUUCAUAAUAAAUUAAUAAAAACAA